UUUACUAAAUUGGCUGGGAGUGUGAAAUCCAAGAAAUCGGCGAGAUGGAGCCAAGCAUUGGUGAUGGAAUCGACGAUACCGAGGGAUUACGAUUGUGGAUCUGAUAAUCCCUCUGUCAAUCACUCGCCUGCAACUUCCAGCAAUUCCUCCUCCGCCAAUUUGAAAUUCAGUACUUUUCAAAAACACGAUGAAAAGUGUGAGGUGUGUGCUUGGGAGACGGGGGAAGAAAGUCGGAGAAGCAACAAGGCAGGCUACAGAUCUUGCUGGGAACACUUGGCAGCACCUGAAAACGAGCCUCGGUUUCACGGGGUGCCUUUCUUCUUGGCACAGAAAGGGACAUCGUGCGGCAGUAGUUUGCUCCGCUAG